AACAGUCGUGUCCUGUAUCUGCCGUCAGGGGGCGGUGAUAAACGGAGGAUUCAUACUGUAUUCAUACACAGAUCGAAGAAGAAGAAGACGAACCGAGGCGCAUAAUCAUCAGCCAAAAUGAUCGGAGAUCUUUUAAUUUUUGGCACUCUGCUCGUGAACGCCGGCGCUGUGCUCAACUUCAAACUAAAGAAGAGAGUAACGCAGUCUCAAGGGUUUGGCGAUGAAUCCGGAUCGUCCAGCACUGGUGACAACAUCAGAGAGUUUUUGCUGAGUCUGCGGUACUUUCGCAUAUUCAUUGCUCUUUGGAACAUUUUCAUCAUGUUUUGCAUGAUCUUGUUAUUUGGAUCAUAGAUUGCGGUUACAUCACUGCAGACACAAAAGAGAGAAUUGUUGCAGCAUUGGGUGGAUUUAUCGGAAUGAGUUUUUUUUUAGUGUGGGAUGUCUUGAAGUCUUAAGACGUCUGUAUAUUUUGUACAAAAGAUUGAUAUUGCCUUUUCUGUCUGUGAAUCAAAUGGGGACAGAACACAUUUCUUAGUGCCCUAUACAAAUGUCAGUUAUUUCAGUUUUAGUGGAUGUACAAUUCACUAAUUUAAAACCUUGGAGAAGCAGGCUUUGUGACCAUUCAUAUAACAGAAGAAACAUGUAAAGAGCUACUGCUUGGUUAACAUGGAAGAAUGCUUUAAAACCAUGUGCAGUAUAGUAUUUAAUUAUGGUGUUAAAUGCAUAAGAGCACCAUUAUCUUGAUAGGACCUAAAAAUAAUGACCUCUAAGUUCCUGCAUUUUAGACACAACCUACAUUAAUCAUACAAUUUAACAUUUGCAUGACCCCCACACAAAUUUCACACCACUGAAAGCUUAGCUUGAUUUACAUUAUUUGACCUCUAUAAAAGGUCACACACAAAAAAAGCCCCCCACACACAGUUUUCAUAAAUGCAAAGUCAUUAACUAGUUUUAUUGAAACAGUAAAAGAGGUAACUGCCUGCUGAAAGACCAUUUACACAAGCAUAGAACCAACAAGUUACAAGCAAUAAUUAGUGAAAGCAUUCUGAGAAAUUAAAGUUGAACAAACUUGAAUGCCUCAAAAAGCACGUUGGAACACUAGUAGGUCAAAAUAAUAGCAACUUUAAUACUCUAAAACUUUAAAAAGGUAUUUCCUCUCCUAUGGCUGGUAAACACUAGUCUGCUUUGAGAAAACCCCUCGUGUAUGUCAUCCACUGCUCCACAUGGGCUUGGCACUGAAGGGCAUUCAGGAACACAGGUCGCUCAAACGCCUAGAAAAGGAAGAAACCAUUAGAUUUUACUUCACAUUUAAGCUGGAGAAUGGGAAAAAUAAAAUACACUCUUGGAAAAAAUAAAUACCUUCACAUGUG